CUCGAUCAAGUACGUCAACCUCUUCAAUAUCGAGUCAAGCUAGUUGAUAUGAUACCGUCGUCAGGACAUGCAUAACGAUUCGCUUAGAUCUGAGGGGUGUCCCCGGGAGUGGGUGAAGGAUAUCUUAAACUGUUGACGAGGUUUGACUACAAUUCUCAAUUUUUUUAAUAAUACAAAGUGACUUCUACUGUACAGUGCACCAUCUUACUUUAGGGACGUCGACUUUCACUCCCCUCGCAUGAGUUGUGCCGUCGGCCAGGCACAACUAGUUUUUCCAGACCGGUGGGCAAAACUCCCGAGUUCUGCCAACAAUACUACCAGCACAUAGGAAAACUUCACUUUAGUUAUAUAUUCGGUUGCGGCCUAUUCAUGAUGAAUAUUGUAUUAUUCUUCCUCGAGCCUUGUACUCUCAAGUUUCCAGGAAACGCGAGAAGUAAUGUCCAAGGACCUUACUCGUUCACCAACCCAUCAAGAUCUCAACCUCGAGAAGGCCAAGCACUAUCAUGAUGAUUCAGAAGUGCAACGCAGUCUUUUGCGCUCUAUUUUCAUCAUUGUGACCUGCACUGCUGCAAUGGUGGUCAAUACCGCUAAUACCAGUAUUGUCUCUAUCUCGCUGCCAACUAUCGAAAGGGACCUGGAUAUCAAGGAAGAACAGCUGCAGUGGCUCGUAUCUGCCUAUUCGCUCAGCUCGGGCUGCCUUCUCUUGUUCUUUGGCAGAUUGGCGGAUAUCUAUGGUCGGAAAAAGGCCUUCAUGAUCGGUACUCUCUGUCAAGUCGCAUUUUCUCUUGGUGCCGGCUUUGCACAGAGUGGUAUUACCCUCGUCAUUUUGCGUGCCUUCCAAGGCCUUGGUGCCGCCGCUACCAUACCGUCUGCACUCGGUAUCCUGGCGCACGCAUUCCCGCCGUCUAAAAUGCGUUCAACAGCUUUCGCAACAUUUGCGGCGGGUGCUCCUGUCGGCGGCGCGUUUGGCAUGAUCAUCGGUGGUGUCCUCACACAAGUAUCCUCGACGCACUGGCGCUCCCCAUUCUAUUUGGUUGCAGUAAUGUCUGCUCUAACGGGUAUUUCCGGUAUGAUUUCAUUCGACACAGAUGUGACUUCGACGGAAGCUGUCGACUGGAUCGGCGCUUCCCUCGUCACCGUUGGUUUGGUCCUGAUUGUAUUUGUACUUGGUCAAGGAGAAGUUGCUUCUCAAGGCUGGAAAACUCCAUAUAUUAUUAUCCUUCUAAUCGUCGGGAUUAUCAUGGUUUCGCUGUUCCUGCUUUGGGAGCGAUACCUGGAGCAAGUUAUAGAAGAUCCAUCAAGAGCACCGUCCGCAUGGACGCCACCGCCACUGAUGAGGCUCUCGCUUUGGACGCGAGCAAAGGGCCGGAUGGCUGUUAUUCUCGCCAUUGCAUUCCUGAAUUCCUGCACUUUCGUUAGCUGGGGCUUCUGGGUUCAGUUGUACUAUCAGAACUACCUUUUGCUCACACCUAUGCAAACUAUGCUCCGGUUCAUUCCAAUGUUCAUUGUUGGCUGUUUAUGCAAUGUUUUGGUUGCAAUGUUUGUUGGUAAAUUGCCUUUGGUUAUCUUUGCAGUCAGCGGAACGCUACUGACGGCAUCUGCCGCCAUCCUGUUUGCGUUGAUUGACCCGACCGUAACGUAUUGGGCAUUUGCCUUCCCGGCCACGGUUCUUGUCGUGUUCGGCGCUGAUUUUAUGUACUCCGCUGGUACAAUUUUCGUCGCCAAGAUCGCGCUCCCACACGAGCGCAGCGUGGCUGGAGCUCUCUUUCAAACUAUGACACAGCUCGGCACUGCGGUCGGACUUGCUUUAUCUACGCUUGUGUUCAAUAUCGUGGUUGACAACGAGUCUGCUGACGUUGGCAUUACUGUCAACUCUGCUGGCACCAACGCGCCCCAUUUUGCCCAGCUUAAGGGUUAUAGAUCUGCGCAAUGGACCUGCGCUUCAUUUGCGCUUAUGGCUGCGCUGCUGGCAGCGCUUUUCCUUCACGGUGCUGGGAUUGUUGGAGACAAGAAAACUAUCAGGCAUGUUGACAGUGAUGAGACAAUAGCCGUGCGGUAUGAGUCCAAGGAGGGCUAGAUACGCCCAUUUUUAUAAAUAUCUAACAACGGACACAUGGUCACGCCCCCUCCAUUCUCUACUACAUCGUACCCUCGUUUCAGAAGCUCCAUACUACCUACAUUCCUUUCUGGUGUUACAUUUUUCUGUCCUUUCCGUAUAGCGUUACCCCUGUUUCCCUUGAUCUUGAAUGCUCCGUACUACACUCCUUUCUAGCCUUGAAUUUUUCUGUCCUUACCCAUAGAACGGUAUCGCUGUUUCUCUCAAUCUUGCAUGGCACACAUAAUUUCAAGUCCCGCGGCUUCUUGUGGUGAUGUAGCUGAGUCAAGGCUGUCG